CGGAGAAGGUGGAAGUGCUAGCGGAUUGUACAGGGGCUGAUUUCGGUAAGAGACUCUGUAACAGCCAUGACUGAGCCGGAGCUGUUGCUGGAUUCCCACAUCCGCCUGUGGGUGGUGCUUCCUAUCGUAUUUAUCACGUUCUUCGUGGGAAUGAUCCGGCAUUACGUCUCUAUCCUCCUGCAGAGCGACAAGAAGCUGACGCAGGAGCAGGUCUCAGACAGCCAGGUCUUAAUUCGAAGUAGAGUUCUCAGGGAAAAUGGCAAAUACAUUCCAAAACAGUCUUUUCUAAUGAGAAAGUUCUUUUUCAAUAAUUCAGAAGAUGGAUUUUUUAAGAAGACCAAGAGGAAAGUUGUUCCCCCUUCCCCUAUGACAGAUCCCACAAUGCUCACAGACAUGAUGAAAGGCAACGUGACCAAUGUACUUCCUAUGAUUCUCAUUGGUGGAUGGAUCAACAUGACGUUUUCUGGGUUUGUGACAACUAAAGUACCUUUUCCCCUGACGCUGCGCUUCAAACCAAUGCUGCAGCAGGGAAUAGAGUUGCUGUCGCUGGAUGCUUCCUGGGUAAGCUCGGCUUCAUGGUAUUUUUUGAAUGUUUUUGGGCUGAGAAGCAUCUACUCUCUGAUCCUGGGCCAAGAUAACGCUGCUGACCAGUCGCGAGUGAUGCAGGAGCAGAUGACGGGAGCGGCCAUGGCGAUGCCAGCCGACACAAACAAGGCUUUUAAGACGGAGUGGGAAGCGUUGGAGUUGACCGACCACCAGUGGGCGCUAGAGGAAGUAGAAGAUGAAUUAAUGUACAAAGAUCUGAAUUUUGAUGGCAUGUUUAAAAAAGAGCUGCAGACAUCUAUAUUCUAAGACACCGACUCGCUAUUUAUGUCUGCACGUCCAUUUAACCCGCUUGUACUGUGCAUAGGAAACUGCAGCGCCACUCUGCGGUGUACGCCGCCUUACAAAAAUGCAAAAACGUAGCAACAUUUCUUAUCCUUUUUUUAUUUGUAGAACUAUUUUUUGAAGUUUCUUCCCCAGAUCCUUCAAAGUAGUUUGCGUCUUAGUGGUGUUCUUAUCAAACGCUGUCAUUUUGACUCUCGUGGAGUUUGGAGUCACGGUGAGGUAGCUGGGCACUCACAAGUCCAAAGUUUCACUGAUGAAGUUGGUUUGUGGAGUAUUUUAAAUGACAGCACAAUAGAUUCUGAAAUGGGAGAAUUUAUUGUAUUUAAAGGGACCCUAAACUCUAAUCCCCUAAAAAUAAGUUAAUUCAAUUAAAUGCUUGAUAUUGUAAAAUAUAUUUCAAAAAAUUGUGCUGGAGGAUGGAGUUCAAUUUCUCUUACUCGAGUAUGCUGCAGAUGAUCCUAACCUGUCUACAUGCUACAUAGGGAUUACUUAGACCAGUGCAGAAACUCAUUUACAGCUAGUCCUGAUUGGUCACAAUGGUGGGAUAUAAGAUUAAACAUAGUCACCAGGGUUUUCAAGUAGUUUAUUACUGAAGGUCACUUUGUUAAAAUAAAAUGCAACGUUUUCCUAUAUUUAAAUGUCUUUUAACGAGACUGUAAAGUCAAAAUUAAACUUUCAUGAUUCAGACAGAGCAUACCAUUUUAAACACCUUUCCAGUUUACAUUAUCAGAUUUGCUUUGUUCUCUUGAUAUCCUUUGUUGAAGAGUAGAUCUUGGUAGGCUCAUAGUAGUAGGUUAGGAGCGUGCACGUGUCUAUAACAAUCAAUGGCAGCAGUGUUGUAACUAUGUAGAAUGUUGCUUUAAAAAUUGCAAACACUGCUGCCAGAUGACAAGAGACGUGCAUGCUCCUUAGCUCACCUAGGUUUCCUUUUAAACAAAGGAUACUAAAAGAAUAGAAGUAAAUUGAAAAGCCGUUUUAAAAACAGUUUAAUUUAGACUUUGAUAUCCCUUUAAGGUAUUUAUUUUUUAUGUAGGUCUUUUGCACUUCAGUAAUAAAUUGAUAUCUUCUAUGCAUAUAUACAGUAUAUAUAAUAUGUAUAAGUGACUUUAAUGUCCCUUUUUCUGUGCUCACGUACUAAAUGACACCACAUGUUUACAAAAUAGUUUUUUGUUGUCACAAUUAAAUGGACACUUUUAUUUACAAUAUUAAUUGACAUUAUAGUGCAAAAAUGACAUUCGUUAGAGCUUGUAAUUCUUCCACUACCGGCCCUGCAAAUACUGCUUGGGAGCCGCAGAGAACUGCUGGUUCAAAGCUGGAAACAGAGGGUGAUCCAAUCAGCAGCGGCAGUCAUACUACCCAGCUGUGCAAUUGCCUCUUCUGAUUGGCUCACUGGCCAUGUCCUCUCUGGGCCAGUAGUUCUUUAACUGUGUGUUUAACUACUUUGCGGGGGUUAAACAUAUCAACUUGCAGGGUCGGUAGUGCUCUAGCAAAUUAGAGCAUGUCAUUGUUGCACUAUUAUGUCUCUUUAAAGGGACAUGAAACCCAAAAAAAUUGUUUUAUGCCCCUUUAAGUAGCAAUGGAAACUUGCAAAACAGAAAGAAGCUACUAAACAAGUGAAAAUGAGACCAAAUAUCCUUGUCCAUUUCUUUUUUAUAUUUUUGUUACAUUAUCUUCUCAUAAAAGCCUAACCUGUCCGUUAAGGGGUUAAACGCACCCUCUACAGCAGUGCUGGCUAACCUUGGCACCCCCAGAUGUUUCGGAACUACAUUUCCCACGAUGCUUAGGCUCUCUGCAAUCUAGUUGAGCAUCAUGGAAAAUGUAGUCCCGAAACAUCAGGGGUACUAAUGAUCGCUAUCACUGCUCUACAGGACCUGAUGCAGAUGGGAGGUUGUUCCUUGCUCCUAGCUGCUCAAAUACUGUAUUUAUUUAUUGUUUGUGCUCAUUUGUUUUAUUUAUUUGUUGUAUUUGUUUUAAAGCUUUAUCUGUGUUUUUAACUCUUGUCAUUUUAUGUUCAUUAAUUGUUUUCUUGAUGUAUCUUAAACAAAAAUAGAUAUUUUCAAAUCUAA